CCACACAAGGUCACGUGAAUGCACCUCCAUGAAAUCUCAAAGGUAGACACAGGCAGGUUAACUUAACAAAUGUCUUCACUAGAUGGCGGCGAAGAGAAAGCAGCGGAGGAGGUCACAAUGACCAUGGAUGAAAGAAAAGCAAAAAUGGAGCAGCUAAGAGCCAAGAUGCGUUCAUCUACGAAAGCUAAUCGUGCUUCCCUCAUUGAGGAGUCUGCCAAAGCCAAAAUGACAGUACGAGAUGCUGCACGACUAGAACGUCAACGGAAACUUGCAGAGGUGUUGCGCACGCAAGCUGAAGCCGAGGAACGGGGAGAGGAUGUGGAACGGCAGAAGAAUUGGGAAUGGACAAUAGAAGAGAACGACAAUUGGGAAAAGAAGAAGGCGAGGAAAGCACGGAGAGCAGACUAUGAGUUUCACGACGAUGCUCAUGCAGCUCGACGGCGCUACAAGAAGGACCUUGACCUAAUUAAACCAGACCUUGUUGCAUACAGCCGACAGAAAGAGGUCGUGCUGGGGUUGGCCCCUGGGUCGCUUGCCAAGUCUGGGAGCAGUUCUUCUGCUCUCACAACAUUUGAUCCUUCAGGCGGACAGAUUGUACCAACCGCUGAACAACGGAUGGCCGCAGAGAGCUUCUACCGAGAUGCUAACACACUGUUGUAUGCCGACAGCAAGCCUACUGAAGAUGCCAUCGAUAGAGUAGUUGGCAAGAUAAACAGAGACAUCGACAAGAAGGGUAAAUUCUCUCGAAAGAGACUCAAUGAGGAGGAGGGCGAUAUUACCUACAUCAAUGAGCGGAAUCGGGUGUUCAACAAAAAGAUUGCGCGAUACUACGAUAAAUAUACCUCAGAGAUUCGGGCCAGUUUCGAGCGGGGAACAGCAUUAUGAUUGCCGCCGCAUCUCAUUGCAGUGCCAUAGGCACUUAGAGCUCGUUCAUCUACUCACUGUAACAUUAAUAUUUUGGGACCUUGUUUUGAUAUCGAUGCGCGACUGCACAACAACUCGGGAUGCAGGGUAAACGGUUG